AUGGCGGGUCCACGACUUCCCUUUCUCUGGCCGAUGCUGGCCAAAGGAGGGCUGGAAAUAUCAAAUCCAGCUCUCCGCUCCGCCAAAGCUGCUGGGCGCAUUCGAGCACUACACUCCACGCCGAAGCGCAGACAGGCCGAUGCACCCUCACAGCGCUAUGGCACCGCCAAUCAACCGCCAGAUCAUUUGGGAGGAGGGAAAGUGGUUCCGGUCACACCCAAGCCGACGGAACAAGCAAAGGCAUUACCGAAGAUUGGGGAGAAGCUGCAGCAUGAUGGGGAGGUGGAAAAUGGACAAGCAGAGAAGAAUCCUACAACUGUCGACGAGAAUGCAACGGUGAAAUCGGCGGGAAAAUCCUCCGGAUCUCUAAAUGCAGCAUCGUCUGAAAAGCCCGUGGAAUCAUUACUAGAAACGAUCCCCGAGCAACAAUCCAAGGACCAACAAUCCACCACCUCAUCCUCAUCCACAGACAAACCCAACCCCACACCCAAAGUAGACGACCAUGCCCCACCAGUCAAACCCCCUCAUAUGGACACACCCCGCCACGUCCACCACUUCGACUCCUACUCCCUCGUCCAACAACUUGAAGACUCCGGCUGGACCGAAGACCAAGCCAUAACAGUCAUGAAAGCCAUGCGGUUGAUGCUCUCGGAAAACAUCGACCUCGCCCGGGAAGCUCUCGUUUCCAAAUCUCAAGUCGAGAACGAAACAUAUCUCUUCCGCGCUGCGUGCGCCGAACUCAAAACUGAAGUCACAUCGCGAAGGAAAUCCGAGCAAGAAAAGAUGCGUACGGAACGAACACAACUGCAACACGAGAUGGAGAUUCUCAAUCAGAAAUUAGGGCAGGAAUCUGCUGCGAUGAAAGACGAAUUGAGAGGAAUGUUUGACGAUAGGAAGAUGGCUGUGCGGAACGAACAACGCAAUACGGAGAGCAAAGUCCAGAAACUCAAUUACCAAAUCACGGUAGAUCUCCAAGCCGACGCAAAGAGCGAAGUCGAAGGAUUAMGAUGGGUCAUGACGAGACGAGUCAUUAUUGCUUUGGGAAGUGUAAUUUUUAUGGUUGUGGGGAGUUUGAAAUUGGCUAGCAGUGUUAUUCAAGAUCAGGAAGCUGAGGCGAAGAGGAGGGGAAAGAUGAGGAGUGGAGGGACGCAGACUGAUGGCGGUCCCGGUGGUGGUGGUGGUGGAGGAGGGAAUGGAGGGUAUAGAGAUUCGGGAAAUCAGGGUCUUUCCCCUGGUGAUGUGUUCAUCAAGGAGAGUGGAGAGAAUCCUGCGCUGAUUACGCUGGGAUAG